ACGCCUGGCACAAUGCCAGUUCAUGCUCGCAACCCAGAGAAAGGUGCGUGAGUGUAUCACCGUUUCGUCAGGGCCGUUGCUACUUCCUCCAAUUGUGUACCUCUCCGACGACGAUGAUGACUCCCCUUCUCGCCAACUAGUUGCUGAAUCCAAAUCACCACUCCUCCAGCAGACCAGAGGCUCGCUCGAGCGGGGCGCCGAGCUACUCAAUGCCGCUCGUGUUCAUAAACCGACAGAAUUGGCCCCUUCGCAGCCUAAUGAUAAGACACAUGCCUUGCCAAUCCGUAGUCCGAAGACUGUGCCCCAGGAGAACUUGACCAGCGGCAAACUGACGCGACCACGUAUACAAAAGGCGGAUUUGUCGAGAAUAGGCGGAUCGGGUGCGAGGAGAAGGGAUGUGUACGAAUUGCCCGAGUCGCCUGAAAAGAAAGCCGUACCAGUCCAGACGACAAAAGAGCCUGAGAAUCAGAAGAGGAAGAAGGGGAGGCCGCGGAAGCAGACGAAUAACAGCAGGCCCCCUGUGCCCACCAGCUAUGCAUCUCCCGAACCGAAACAUCCAAGCUCUCCUGUACCGGAAGGUCCCGAAAUCAAGAAGAAAAAGAGAGGCAGACCACGAAAAUCUACGAAUGUGAGCCUUCUACCAGCGCCCGGGCCCCUUUCCCCCGGAGUUCCGGCCUCUCCCACUCCCUCUGCACUAGAGACCCACCACGCUGAAGAGGAGGGCAGCGACGAAGCGGUGCCAAAGGCAUAUGCCCUAUCUGACUCAUCGGAGGAGCAGCAUCCAAUGCGCAAAAGUGGAAGCUUGGCAGGCGAGCACCCUGAUCUCUUAGCAAUCGACUGGGCGAAACAGCCCGAGAGUAUUGUUUGCCGGUCGUCUGAUAGCUUAGCUUCUGCCUCUAAGCGGAAAGCUCCAUCAUCUGAAGCGGAGGUUGCAAGACCAAGCAAAUCUUCUAGGAGAGGAUCGAGGCUGAGGAAGGAAGGGGAAACCUUGGGGGCUCACAAUGGCCGAGUAGCAUCGCAUCCGAAGGUCGUCAUAUCAGUUCCGCGAGCAGCAGCUAAAAGUCGCAAAGCGCGAUCACCCUCGUUAAAUAAGUCCGUUGGCACCGAAUGCAUACCCAUGCAAUUGCUUGAAAAUGUUCCGAACGGUGCCGAUGCUACGCUUGGUUUGAUUGAAGAGACUCCAGUACAAGGCGAUGAUCAAAUCAGUGCAGAUGAAAGGCUGGGUCGUCGUCCUUCUCCUCCUUCCACGAUACAAAGGCGGCGAGGUGGACGCCAGGUGGAAGUUGUGCAGGGCCAACCAAAGCGCUUUCGUCAGGAGCGCUCUCGGCCCAUACCACCAUCCAGGCAUAGACGAGAUGAAGACGCUGUGGAGAGUCUGGACGUUGGAACAGGUAUAACUGAGUCAAUAUCGGGUAGCAUGGUACCUAAAAACUCUCGUAGCACAAAGAAUAGUGGGAACUUGCCAAAAAGGUCGAGACGUCAUGCGGCUGAAGCCGAAGAGACGGUGGCAACGAUCCAGGAAAUCCAGCAAGAUAUUCUGUCUAGCGUGGAACAUGAACAGGACGAUGAUUACCUCGAAGCUGAAGCAGAUGGCACCGAAAAAGAGGAAACCCCUGCCUCCCUUCAUGCCGGUUUGACUGAUCUGGACAUUGUCUUCAAGUUCGUAGACUCUGAAGAGCGGGAAGGAUCGUGCCAGACCAAGCAUGCCAAACGCAUCAAGGCCCUCUGCUCCGAAGUCCUCGAUAGCCUGCGUGAUCCAGACAUAACAAUGGAAGCCGUCGAAGAAGCAUGCGCUAGGGUGCGCGCCGGCCUGGAAAAACUCCACAGCCUCCAACAGCCCGACUCUCGGCGACUUUUUAAGGAAGAUGCAUUUGCGUACUUAUUCUGGGAACUUGCUCGUGUCCUGGAGGCAAUCUACGACUUGUGCCGGGACCAGUUUGGCGAUCCGAUGACCUCCCUCUACGCACUUAGGAUUAUUGUAUCUCUGAUGAAAGACAUACUCUCAUUCAAAGACACAAUCUCCUCCUGGAAUGUCAAAGUGGCCCAACGCUACAGUGGAGACCGCAUCAUCAAGGACGUAGAUCAGAACUUCAUAGCACCCCUUCGCCGCUUAGCAGGAGAACACAGCUACGCCUUAGCACACCUAGAACGCGCUGAGGCAGUCCGGAACGCGCAAGAGGCCGCCCGCGCCCGCCGGAAGCGGGAAGAAGAGGCCAGAGCUCGCAAAGCUGCCUAUGCCGAAGAUCUUCGACGCCGGCGAGAACGCUGGCGAAAGCUACACAUUCGCAGGAUGCAGUGCGAGCCCAGUAUGGAUAAACAGAGGAGGAUGCAUUUGAGUUAUCUAUCGUUUGAGAAUUUGGAGGAAAGGGACUCCAACGGGGUGCCGUUCCAGAGGGAGGAGGUCUUCGAGCAUCGCCCCAUCCCGCAUGCUUUCAAGCAACUGCAGGCCAAGAGGAGGCCGUGGACGGAGGCCGAGAUGGAGGCUUUGCUUGAAGGGUUGGAAAAGUAUGCCGGUCCCUCGGUUUUCGAAUCGAUUUUUCAGAAGUACUGCCGACCCGGUGGUCCCCUGCGCGACUUCAACGUGAUGGAGAUUACGGCGGAAGCCGAGCGCCAUCGAACCGCCCUAUUGGAGCAGUUUGCGGAUAACGGAUGGGGAGUGCCCGAGUGGAUCAAGAUGAUUCCCGUGUUACCUUGAUGCAUAGGGUGUGGGCUUCUCUAGUGAAGGGUUAAGGCUUGGUUAUGGAUGAUACCCCUGUUUAUGCAAUUCAACGACGCGAAUUGGACUGGAAUCUGGCGAAUGCAUUGUCUUCAGUUGGUCUUCAUGUGCUGCCGUCUUCCUGUGCUAUCCGGUGAAACCUUUCCAACGUCCCGCAGUGUUGGAGCUUGGAACUGCACAAUUGGAUAUCCUUGUUAUAGUAUCAAACUAGGAGAAUAUCAUAACAGAAUGCUGCUCGGAUCGUCCUCGUCGCAUCCUCCCGCACGAUAUAACCCUCCUAAGGGAACACGGAAAUCGGAUGAGUAAACGGUCAAGCACUGGCAUUUUAUCUAUGUACAG